AUGAGUUAUUCUAAAGCAGACGAUGCUACUGUUGGUAUUGCAGUUCGAGGUGUUCAACCUUCUUAUGCAAGAGAAUUGGAUAUCAACAAUGAUGACAUGUAUUGGAAACUCAAUCGGGUUCCUUGGAUCAGAAAUGUUGGACUUGUUGAAAAAUUCGGUAAAUUUUACAAGUGCGUAGAUCCAGGCCUUGUAAAAGUGAAUCCUGCUACUGAAGCAAUGAAGAAAGUCGAUAUUACCAUUCAAGUAACAGAAGUCCCUAAACAAGAUGUCAUUACCAAGGCUACGUAUAAUGUUACUGAUGUUGGUUAUGCUCUUGUUGAAAGAGCAAGCACUUCUUUGCGUGAUGUCUGUGGUGGACAUUCUGUACAGGAUCUUAUUGAGAACAGAGAAGCGGUCUCUGAAGAAUUACACGAAAUAAUAGGUCCCAUCGCAAAGAGCUGGGGUGUCAAGAUUGAAUCAACUUUGAUCAAAGACAUCACACUUUCCAAGGAACUGCAAAUGGCAUUAUCUUCAGCAGCAGAAGCUAAAAGACUGGGUGAGUCCCGGGUAAUCACAUCGAAAGCAGAAGUAGAGGCUGCCAAACUGAUGCGUGAUGCCGCUGAUAUCCUAAACACACCAGCAGCUAUACAGAUUCGUUAUUUGGAAACACUUCAAGCUAUGAGUAGAAACAGUUCUGGUACAAAGACAAUAUUUGUUCCUUUGCCCCCUGCACAAGUGAAUACAAAUGAAUAA